AUGCAUAAAAAUAGAUUCGAGUGGUUAAAUUCGAUCUCAGAUGAUCUCUUAUAUAUAGCAAUGAAAGAAGCAAACACAGCUCGACCAAUGCUAAUCAGACAAGCACAGUUUCAAGGUAUCAUUGACAAUGAAAAAGCUAAAUGGAAUCUUUAUUAUGAUGAAUAUGAAAAACUAUGGAAAUCGAUGAGUCGAUUGGAGAACUCAGAAUUAAACCAUACUUUGCCAUUUAGUAAUUCAAAAUCUCACUCUACGAUGGAAAGGGUAUCCGAUCUUGGUCGUGCUGACACUACUCUACUCAAAGCGGAAAAUAUGUAA